AUGACGAUGAACUCUUUGUCGAAAGAUGAAACAAUAGUAAUAAAAGAAGCGGAUGCAGGAGGUGCAACAGUAAUUAUGGACAGUGAUUUCUAUGGUUGUCCUAUCACCGAUGGCUACAUACAGAGCAGACAAUUAGGACUGUGCUACAAACUACACCUUGGAGGAGUGAGAAACUCGUAUGAUUUUAUGUCGACAUGUCAAUCAGAAGGCGGAGAAUUACUGCGCAUCACAUCCCAGGAAAUACAGGAUCACAUCGCCGAUUUCCUAACUGAUGCCACCUGCCAUUUGGUAAUACUGAUUCAAGGGUCAGACCGCAACAGCGAGGGGACAUUUAAAUUUGAGGACGGUACGGAUUUGUCAUACUUCAACUGGUAUGGGUCAGAACCCAACAACCACUUGGGCGACGAUGAUUUUAUUUUCCUCGUUCCAGAUCAAGGAUUCCGGUGGGGUGAUGGCAUUGGCGUUGCAACAACUGUCUCCUCUUUCAUGUGUGAAAUAGCUAUGGUGUGA